GCAUCACUGGACGGCUAUCUACAUGACUGCAGGACGUUGAGAUGACGUGCAACUUGCCUGGCGGCCGUUCUGUGCUACACAGCAUCGCUAAGCAUACCGGUUCUGAAAAAUUCCUCCCGAUUAAUCACUUGAUAUCAGCUUAGAAUGGGUAAUCUGCAGUGACACGGCAGUCGUUGCUGCUUUGGCAGAAUGGAAGAGCUCAAAAUUCCAAAUCCUGACCAAGGAAACACAGAUUCCACAUGGCUGAAGCGUGCAUACCAAAGUAUAAGUUUUCCAAGUACAGAGUACAUGCAACCUGUUAACAACCGAAGAGACAAGUCGAUCCGAAGCAAGGAGUACCGGUACACGUCACGUACCGAAAUAAGUUUCAGCCGCCUGCAAGAACCCAUCAAUCUGAUACUCGAGAAGAGCUAUCACAAGAUGCUUCUAGGCCCCUCUCUUGAGUCCACGGCACUGGAGUGUACUCAUGCAAGAUGGCUAAACACCCUCGGCUCCCCGCAUGGUCGAUUGAUUCGGGCCGUCCCUCACAAAAUAGGCUCUACUCGGGUCGUUAACCGAACCCGCCCCCCUAUUUCCGAUUCUCCCCCCUUCUCGCCAAGGCAAAAUGGACCACACCCAAAAGACCUCAUGUCACAGAAGUACAAGUCCUCAAACACUUGUCGAUCUCGGUCACAUCCUUCGGGCAUCCUUCGGGGAUUUUUGGCCAGCGAGCAAAUCCCGUUGUCCAUCACACGUGCAUGCCUAUUGCCUCUGCAUCCUCAUCACCUCCACGUCCUCCACACAGCAUUUGCCUAACUCAGCCGUGUGUUACCAAGGUACGUAAACGCUGUCUCCCUCACCUCCUUCCGGCCCGUCAUCCCCCCGUUCUCGAAACUGAUUGUCAGCAUCGUAUCGACAACGGC